GAGCUAUCGUCGUCCUUUCCAAACACUAUUAGUGGCUCCACCGCACCAUAUGUAAUCUACAAAAUAAGUUAUUUAAGUAAUAAGCCCACCGUUUUUCUUCUCUCUUGGACCAUUUUUUUCAAUUAUCAAUCACCCAACUAGCGUUCUCAAUCCUUGAUUGACGGAAUCCUAGUUGGGUUGGGGAAUCGGGAGGCGCCGGAGUAAAACGGCGGGCUGGAACAGGGAUGGGGAAGAAGAGAAAGUCGAUUGAUUCGAGCCUGGACGAGGUGGAUCGGACCAUGUACGCGUCGUUUUGUAGCGCAGCGAACUCCCUCUCUCAGCUCUACACCCAGGCCAUGAACCACCAGAAACCCUCAUUUCAAGCCGGCGAACGCCACGGCCUUGAAAAACUUUAUCAAUGGAUUUGGAGGCAACAAGAAGGAGGAUCAAGAGUAACAACAACGGACAUAGUUAAUUACAUUCAGAAUGAGGUAGAUUAUUGUGGAGAGGAGCCAUCGAUGUCCUCUAGGGCACCAGUUCAAUAUCAGCAUUCCCAACCUGCAUUGCAGACCUUUAUGGUCCCUUCUGGCUCUUCCUGCCAAGCUGGUGGGCAGGGGACUCGCCCUGAGCAGUGUGAUCAACAGUCCAAGAAUCCAGUCUUCUCCAAUGCUUUGUCAAGCCCUGUUCGUCGAGGUCUCCAGUUCUAUCACAUGCAGGGAGGUUAUUUCCAGAAUGGUGGUUUGCCUUCUGGAACUGGGAGCCGGAGUAAUGAGCCCAACUUUCUUCAGCUGCAAAACAGGGAUUCUAAUCCUCCAGGCUCCAAUGAUUCUACAAUGGACAUGCAUGCAGACUGAAACUUACCAGGUAGGACUUCACAAGCUUCUUUCCUUAAUCGCUAGUUUGUUUGUUGCUCUUGUCAGAAGGAAAACGGAGAUGCUUUACAAUGCAAAAGAAACUCAAACAUGUGGGUGACCCUCUUAAAGCUUGGCGGCGAGGAGUACAAUGUGGUGUUGCGUUCUCAUGGAGCAAACAAAAAUCCAAUGCGACAAGCACCUUUUUGUUAUGAUUUAUCGUCACAUGUAAAUCCUUGGAGUGAAUCAAUUGUCAGAACUUAUACGUGGGCAUUUCGUUUGUGAUCCUUGGUAAUCUCUAUACUAUCGUGUUUCUUAGGUCUCGUUUUUUCUGUUUGGAAGGACAGUGUAUGUAAAUUAUUCAGGUCCUAUGUAUCUGCGUAUGUAUAACGGAUUCUGGUUUUGAAGCAAAACAAGUCCUGCAAGUGGAAAAAAAAAAAAAAAAAAAAAGAAAGGGUAGAUCGAUCGUGCUUCACAGA